CAACUUCAACCAUGACACACUCAGCACUGAAUCAGGUGCUUUCCCUCCCAGAGCUCCUGGUGCAAAUCCUCGAGCACCUGGACAUCCGUAACCUCCUCCUGGCGCAACGAGUCUGUCGAAAAUGGGCCAACCAAAUCCAACACUCUCCUUCCCUGCAGAAAGCCCUCUUCCUGGCCCCAUCGAGACCAACCGGCGAGAGUCCCAUAUAUAAUUCUGUCCUCCGCGAGGAAUUUCUUUCCUUCUUCCCCGACAACAACGACCCCCCAUCCUAUCUCCGAGUCCCAGGGGACUGCUAUCCACCACUUGACAUGCCAGUCGGCCGAUCCUUCCCACCAGACUCUUCAGCACCCCAAGCCCCAUCCCGCCAUCCGGUCGUAGACGACGCCUCCAGAGCAGGGUCUUCUACGCACCUCUAGGUCCCAUGCGGAAUUCCCUCCGAUGAGACAUCUGGCUACGUCCCGAGGCCAGCUGGCGCCGAAUGCUCACUCAGCAACCCCCCCCCCCCCCCCCCCC